AUGAACAGAUUUUAUUCAAUGCAGAUGGAGGAGCCACAGAACGGGAAAGUAAACGAGUCCUUCAGGUUUGUGGCGGAGGUGAAGAAAGAUGUGUGGAGAGACAGCAGAGAGGAGCAAUCAGAGCCCACCUGUUCUCUGAGUGUCAGAAAGAUCUCCUACACAGUCAGUGAACGUGUGGGUCCAUGGUGGGACUUACCGUCCUACAGGAAACGAUGGACUCGUCAGAUCCUGAAUGAUGUCUCCUUUCAUGUUGACAGUGGGCAGAUCAUGGGCAUACUGGGCAACUCAGGCUCAGGAAAAACCACAUUGCUGGAUGCCAUCUCAGGGCGGAUUGGGAACCAGGGCACGCUGCUGGGAGAAGUCUUCGUUAAUGGUAGAAAACUGAAGCAAGAACAGUAUCAGGACUGCUUCUCCUAUGUGCUGCAGAGCGAUAACUUGCUGAGUUAUCUGACAGUGGAGGAGACUCUGACCUACACAGCCCAGCUGGCCCUGCGGAAACACUCGGCUGAAGCUAUCAAGAAAAAGGUGUCAGCAGUGAUGGCUGAGCUGAGCCUGAGUCACGUGGCCCACAGUGUUAUUGGAGGUCAGGUUUUCCCUGGGAUCUCCGGGGGUGAGCGCCGAAGGGUCUCCAUCGCCAGUCAGUUACUUCAGGACCCAAGGGUGAUCCUAUUGGAUGAGCCGACCACUGGCCUGGACAGCAUGACCGCCAAUCAGAUUGUGGUGCUGUUGGCAGAGCUGGCCAGGAGAAACCGUAUCGUCAUAGUAACCAUCCACCAACCACGCUCUGAGCUCUUCAGGGUGUUCAACAGGAUAGCUAUAAUGAGUCGUGGGGAGCUAGUAUUUUGUGGACAGACAGAAGAGAUGGUGGAUUUCUUCAGCCAAUGUGGAUAUGAGUGUCCAGAGUACUGCAACCCCUUUGACAUCUAUGUUGACUUCACCUCAGUGGACACACGCAGCAGCGAGAGGGAGGCAGCCACAUUCACUCGCAUGCAUGAAAUCACUUCAGCCUAUCAGAGGUCUACCAUCUACCAGAGCAUGCUGGAAAAAAUGGAGCAGAGCUUGCAGAGAUCAGACAAACCCGCCAUCCCCUUUAAGAGCAAAGAGUCACCCAGUGGUGCUGCCAAACUUGGAGUUCUCCUCAGGCGCACAGCAAGAAACCUGUCCAGAGACAGGAUGGGUGUUCUGAUGCGUCUAUCCCAGAACCUGAUUUAUGGUCUGUUUGUGGCCUUCUUCGUCAUACAUUUAGACCUCGACGUCACUAAGGGUGCUGUGCAGGACCGCAUCGGCAUAAUCUAUCAGAGCAUUGGUGCUUCACCAUACACGGGCAUGCUGAAUGCCGUCGCUCUCUUCCCAGCAUUGCGAGCCAUCAGUGAUCAGGAGAGUCAGGAUGGACUCUACACUAAAUGGCAAAUGUUCUUGGCCUACAUCUUCCACAUCCUGCCCCUCAGCAUCCUGAGUGUCUUCAUCUUCACUUCCUUCCUUUACUGGACAGUGGGGAUGCAUCCGGAAGGUUUGCGCUUUCUGUGUUUCACUGCUGUAGUUCUGGUGCCGCAUGUUAUAGGUGAGUUGCUGACUGUGGUGCUACUAGGUGUGGUCCAAGACCCUAACAUGGUCAACACUGGAGUGGCUCUACUCAAUAUCGCAGGGAUAGUGGUGGGAUCUGGCUUUCUACGGGGCACCCAGCAGAUGCCACAGGUCUUUCAGUGGCUCAGUUACCUGACUUUCCAGAAGUACAGCUGUGAGCUGCUCAUAGUCACGGAGUUUUAUGAUCUCCAGUUCACAUGCAAUAAUUCCACAUCUUUGCCGGGAGCUUGUGUGGUCACCCAUGGCAAUCAGAUCAUUGAGCAGGGUUAUCCUGGCGCGCUGUCCCGAUACACACUAGACUUUGUUCUCCUCUACGCUUUCCUGCCUGCUCUGCUGCUGCUGGGCAUAAUUAGCUUUAAGAUCAGGGACAAGGUUGUGCGUCACUAAGCCCACAAACACGGCUUUGUGGGUAAAAUCUUCUUUUUAAGUUAAGCUUAUAAAGCAUUUAUGUUAUGAAAUGCACUAUUCAGAGAUGACCUACACCCACCACUUUAUUAGGCACACCGUACCCUUUUUGCUUUCUUGAUAAUAAAGGGAUGGACAUUUUCAGCAAUACUCAACAGACUGUUCAAAUGAUGGUCACCUGGUAGUAGCCCAAAGUGUGCUAGGAAAAUAAUUACACCACCAAACUGAACCUCUGCUAUAAGACAGGAAUCAUGUUUAGUUUUUUGUUGUUGUUGCUGAUUAUGCCAAAUGUUGACCCUACCAUGCAAAUGUCAUAGCAGAAAUCCAGACUUUUGGUGAGUUUUGUGUGAUUUGUACCCUCGGUUUCUCUUUUCUAAGCUGACUGGAGUGGCACAUGGUGCGGUUUUCUCCCACUGAAGCCCAACUGCUUCAAGGUUUGACGUGUUGUGCAUUCAGAGAUGCACUUCUGCUUACCAUAACGAGUACUUAUUCGAGUUACUGUUGCUUUCCUAUCAGUUUGAGGCAUUCUGACAAUCAAAAAGCCAUAUUUUCUUUUUUAGACCAUUUUUCUUAAACCCAAGAGAUGAUUGCGCAGGAAAAUCCUAGUAGAUCAGCAGUUUUAGAAACACUUCAACCUGCCUAUCUGGCACCAACAACUAUGUCAUCAUCAAAGUCACUUAAAUCCCCUUUCUUUCAAAUGCCCGGUUUGAAUUUCAAUGUGUUACGUUGCUACCAUGUGAUUAUCAGAUUAAACAUUUGCGUUAACGAGCACUUUAACAGGUGUACCUAAUAAAGUGGUAUUAUAGGCACUGAGAAUUUUUUUAAGUUUAAAUGUUUACACUUGAUACACGCCAUGUAGUACAGCACAGUUCAUCUCUGUUCACUGGGAUGAAGCCAUGUACAUUAAAACACUUAAACAUCUGCAGAUGUUCAGUAAACUACUCGAAACGUGUUACCUGAAAAAUUUGCAUGUUUAUGGCAUGUACAGUUUUCUUGUGGUAACCUUAACCCUAGUACCACUGAUGGCCGGGAAGAAAAAAAACAUAAACUUGUUUGUUUUGUUUGAAGAACAAAAAUUAUUAUUGGUAAGCUAAAACUAUAUUUUUCUUUUUAAACUUGAUUAAAAUGUCAGCAUUUAUUUAUAUAAUUACAGAAACGUACAACAGAAAAUAUAAUACAAAAGUAAACAAAUACAAUAUAUAUGCUCUAUGUACAUUAUAAUAUGUUGUAUGUGUGUAAUAAAGCAGAUGAAAUCUCA